CAAAUGCUGCAUGGUACUUGGGACUAAUACUAUAAACAAAUCCAUUGCCAAGAACUUAUUGUCAUAUUUCAAACACAGAAUUAAUAACCUGUACCAAGAGCACACAUGCUAUUCAUCAGGGUUUUCUCCUGAGACUAUGUUUCCUCUUCCUCCAGUCCCCGUAUUAUUGAAGAAGUUUGGAAACUAGAACUUAAAACAUCUCUCAUUAUCAUAUUUUUCAAAGUACUCUUGAGAAUUUGUAACCUUGGCAAAGGUUAGUCACCUUCAGUCACUUUUCUCUCCAGGGCUUGUGGAACUCUGGUGAACAGAUAAUCCAGAGUCUGCUCUACCUCUCUUCCUUUGUAUUACCUUCAAAUAUACUUCAAGGAAUAGUGACGAGGCUUAAAGAUUCCACGUAUAAUCCAAAGAAAUCUCUUCAAGUGGGCAUCUGUAAACAGGUUACUUGAAUUUCAAAUAGAGGAGCUGCAAUGCCACCACCAGCAGUUACCCCACCUCAGGUUCCACCUCCUGAUGGAGGAUGGGGCUGGGUUGUGGUUGCGGCAUCUUUUAUCUCCAUUGGAUUUUCAUAUGCAUUCCCCAAAGCUAUCACAGUAUUCUUCAAAGAAAUUCAGGAGAUAUUCGGCGCUAGCUACAGUGAAAUAGCAUGGAUAUCAUCCAUUAUGCUGGCUGUUAUGUAUGCAGGAGGUCCCAUUAGUAGUGUUUUGGUGAAUAGAUUUGGCAGCCGGCCAAUAGUGAUGAUAGGAGGUGUUUUAUGCUGUCUGGGGAUGGUCUCGGCUUCUUUCAGUACCAAUGUAGUUGAACUUUACGUCACUGUGGGAUUUAUUGGAGGUUUAGGUUUAGCCUUCAACCUGCAACCGGCCUUAACUAUAAUUGGAAAAUACUUCUAUAAGAAACGGCCCAUGGCUAUUGGAUUGGCCAUGGCAGGAAGUCCUGUUUUCUUAAGUACAUUAGCUCCUUUUAAUCAGUUCCUCUUUAAUAAUUUUGGCUGGAAAGGAAGCUUCUUGAUUUUGGGAGGUAUAUUGUUGAACGCCUGUGUGGCUGGGGCACUCAUGAGACCCGUUGGACCUAAAACUCCUAAAUCUAAAAAUAAGAUUGCCAUGAGACUGGAAGAGCCAGAUAUGAAGGAAAGCCAUGAGAAGAUAUCAAGAUGGGACAAAAUUAAUAAAUAUUUAGAUUUCUCCCUUUUUAAGCAUAGGGGAUUUUUAAUAUACCUGUCUGGAAAUAUGAUUAUGUUUCUAGGGUUUUUUGCUCCCAUUAUAUUCUUGGCUCCAUAUGCUAAGGACAAGGGAAUUGAUGAGUAUUCGGCAGCUCUUCUGCUGUCUGUUAUGGCUUUCGUUGAUAUGUUUGCUAGGCCUUCUGUAGGAUUAAUUGCAAACUCCAGUCUGAUUCGUCCCCGAAUCCAGUACUUCUUCAGUUUUGCAAUUAUGUUCAAUGGAGUCUGUCAUCUACUGUGCCCAUUGGCAGAAAACUACACAAGCCUGGUAGUUUAUGCUAUAUUCUUUGGCCUUGGAUUUGGGAGUGUUAGCAGUGUCCUCUUUGAAACCCUCAUGGACCUUGUUGGUGCUCAAAGGUUUUCCAGUGCCGUGGGACUCGUCACAAUUAUGGAGUGUUGCCCAGUUCUUCUUGGUCCUCCUAUUGCUGGUAAAUUGGUGGAUAAAACCGGACAAUAUAAAUACAUGUAUAUAGCCUGUGGAGCUAUUGUGGUCAUAUCAAGCGUGUGGUUGCUCAUUGGCAAUGCGAUAAACUAUAGAUUGCUUGACAAAGAAAAGAAGUUGGAAGAAGCAAAGAAGAAGAACAUGCAUAACCCUGACUCCAAAGAAUCUGAACCCUUGAACAAAUCGAAAACUGAUGUUGAUGUCAAAAUUCCAACAGCACAGGAUACUCCCUCAGAAAGGGAAACUAAUAUUUAACAAGAAUCUCACCUUUCAUUUCAGUGUUUAUGACUUUUCUUAAGAGGAUAUUUUUUCAAAAUAUUAGGUUUUUAGCUGACAUGAGGAGUCACAAUUAAGUAUAGAGAUGAGAUUUUCCUCAAUGGUAAAUUUUAAAUUAAUUUAUUAUUUAAAAACCUGUUUUAUUGGGCGGUUAAAUUUGGAGAUUGUGAGUAUAAAAACUCCAUGCACUGAAUUUACUUCCAUAUAUAUGGCUCUGGAUGUACUGGCUGUUAACAUACUAAUUUUUAGAAGUCUUCCAGUGACUGGUAAUCUUGAUCAUAUGUGGAGAUCUGAAUCCCAAAUCCCUGGUUUAAGUGGUUAGAAGAAGUAUGUUUAAUCUCAUAAAAUGAUCCUCUCCAUAUUUCACUUUUAUUUGAUAUUAAACUAUGAAAAUGAAUCCUCCCCUCACACAUACACACAGUCACAUACAUAUAUACACACACGGCCUAUCUGGAGAACAAAAGACAAAUGUGUUCAAAAAGAAUACUAUCAUAGUAAUUUAUUCUGUGAUAAAUUUCUGGUAGAAAUUUAUUCUAACUGCAUAUAUCUUUACAAUAUGGAUUUUUAAAGAUAAGAAUAUGGAUUGAAAAUUAGGGCAGCCUUAAAUCAAAAAUGCACCUAACCUGCUAUAAAUAAAGUGUGUAUAUAAAACAAGUUUGGUGAAGAAAAGGGAAAAGAAAACCUCCAUUAUAAACCAUUAUUUUUGAGCAUAGUUAAACAUGAUUCAUCCAUGCUCGUGAUUUUGUUUUGGGGGGCAUUAGUACCUAGAGCUAGAAAAUAGAACCCUCAGACGAUUUUCAGAGUUCUUACCUAAUAUGUAAAUCAAAUUGAAAGUCUAAAUGCUUUUUUAGCAAUGAGUUAUGUCCAUCGAUUUUAAAAUGAUUUUGGUUUGUAAUCCAGAAAGUAAUAACUGGGGAUUUUUUUUUAACCAGGCCUCAAUCCAUACUCACUGUCGUACUGAAACAUAGUAGAAUAAACUGGAAUUCUGUUGACAAGCAUACAAAUAGGCCAAAUUCUAAUCUUUCCCCAACAUAGAGGUGAUCAGAGGGUUACUGUUAUGACUAAUCGAAGUAAAGCUAGGAAUGGGAUGUGGUUUUAAUGAUCGUCGUAAUCUCUCUCAGCUUCCUCCCUCCAGAAAAUGCAAAAGCCAAAAUCAAAAACCACAAACAGAUCUUUUACCUCAGUCACUGAAAAUGCCUCAUAUUAUAGGAAGGUCAGCAUCUGAAAACCCUGCCAUCUUCUGAUUAGGCUUACUGCUGGCUACGAACCUAACUGGACUGAGGGAUGGUUAAAGAAGACUUUUACAUCCUGGGAUUUGGAAAUUUAUAUAUAGCUUGUAACACGAUGACAAGAAGCUUGCAAUAUUGCUGCCCAGAUUAAAUUAGCAGUUUCUCAUUUUCAUAACUAUUAAAAUGUCUGGGAAUCUCAGUCACUCUUGAAUACAGAAGUAUAUGCUAGUUAUGUGCUUUUAAAGCCAUAAAUACUAUUUUAAGUGAAAAAGUACGUGUAAACAAGAAAGAAAAUGCAUUGUGGCUAAAGUUAUAAAUAUUUACAUCACAGAUCUGAAGUUUAAAAAAGAUUUUGUUUAAUAAAAGGCAUUUAGUGUUGAUUAUCGAAGUGAUGUUACUCUUAAGAUGUCAAAGCAAUUUGCCUUUCAGUUUUUAUUGCAGUAGAGACAGGUGUUAUUCUUAUUUCCUUUAAGAAGGCACCUGGAUACAAGGUUUUUUAAUAGCAUUAAGGAGCUGAUUCAUAAAACACUUAUGCACUGUUGAAGCAAGUGAUUCAUAUUUAGGAAGCCAUAUGAAAUUCCAUAUUUUGUUUAACAUUCACUUUUUUGCAUGUGAGGCGAUUGUAUUUUUCAAAUAUUAAGUAAACAACAUGUGCCAAUAGUAUAGGUUAAUAAAUCAGGGAAAACAUGGGGUGUAUAUGACUUCUAUAUUUAGUUUCUUCUGAUCUUGAUUCUUAAAUUAUUUUCAUAUUGUUAGAACUUUUGUAUUCAACUUUGACUUGUCAUAAGACAUGCAACACCAUAAAUUGUGUAGUACCUCUCUAACUUUAAACAUUUCAAAAAAAAUCUUGAAUUCUCUGAAGAUACACAUUUAAAUUAAUACAGAUAUCAGACCCAAGAGGAAAAUAAAUAGUAAAGCAAUGAUCACAAGGCUUUAGUUCUGAGCUAUAGUCCUUUUUCUCACCAGCUGGUAAAAGACAGGCUGGUGGGAAUAUUCCAGCAGCCAGGACCUUCCCUCUUCCUUUUCCCUCUCCAUGGGAGGAGCGAUAAAACUGACGAGUUUCUUGUUAAGUCAAAACCAACUCAUUUAUUUUGUUGCUCCUUGGAUGUUUUCAUUAACUCUUCAUUUCUAACACUGAAUAUAUUAAAUUGUUAUAAAAAGAAGGGAAGUAAAAUUGCACACUUGAAGCACGUAAGAAGUAUACAGUGACAGCUGGAAGCAGCACUGCCCAACGUUGCAAACGUGCACACCUAUUAAUUCCCACAUAUAAAUGUUUGAAAUUAAAUCAAAACACAAUUCAAACAGUGACGUAAGUUAAAAUAAAGGUUUCAAAAUUGUUCCCUGGGGUAAGAUUAGUUAAUUCCACUUGUGUAGUUUUUUUUUUUUUUUCUGACUCAAUCUCUCUUUCUCCCUCACUCUUCCUUCUUCCCUCCUCCCCUUGACUGUGCUAGAAUAAGUGUUGCUUUAACAGAAUUUUUCAGAGAUUGAGAAAAGAAUAUCAGCCAAAACAUUCAUUAUAAUAUAGUCACAUAAAUGGAGGAGGAAAUAUAUUUGGCUUCUGUGUCUGCAACAAUUAGUGCUGAACAUAAUUCUUCCCCUGGAAAAUUACAGGUUUUAGUUGUUCAAGACAGCAUGAAGCAAUGUCAGCACACACCACUAAAAUCCCUGCUAAACCCCAUUCCCCCAUGGUAAAAUUGUGCAGAAGGAGAAUUAUCAUAGUCCAGGGUAUCAAAAUAAUUUAUUAUUCCCAGCUAUUUUAUAAAGUUUAAGUCAAUAACCUUAAGUUUCUGAAUUCUAAUAACUGAGCAACCCAUAUUUUUCUCUAUUUAACCUUAAAUAUGCCUUAUUAUUUUAUGAGUAGGACACCAGAUAUGGACUUGUGCUGACCUAUCCCCACUCUUCUUCCCAAUCCUUUUUGAGUCCAACCAGCACACAUUUAAGAGAUAGUGGCUCAGGCUCCAAUGUACUUCACAUUGGAUGACAAUGUUUUCUGCGUAUGUGAAUUUAUGUAAUUCUUUAGUUUCAAGUCCCAACCACCUUAGCUCAUGGGCCUGUGGGCCUCACCUGGACACCAGGAAAUAAGUGAAAUAAUUAGGUUUGAUAUGUUGGAUUGUGCACUUUAAAAAUCUAGAUGUUUUGUACUCAUCCUUCUCUGCACACAAUAACAGUUAGGAAAAAGUACCAGAGAUGUAUGAUAUGAAUAUAAGUGCUUAUAUAUGUGAUAUAAAUACAUGGAGAUCUUGAUCAGUUAGUUGAAACUUAUUUCCAUCCUUUACACAACCCUCUUAUAUAUGUAAUGUAGCAGACUUCUAAUAAAGCAAAAUUUAAAAAUCAUGCUCCUUUCAAUUUAAUCGAUAGGAUGCAAAAUGGGAAGGGAACUAAUAUUUAUGUAUUGUACAUUCUACCUACAUAUGCCUUUUAAUAUUCAAGCCAAAACCAUGGGUAGAGGUCAUUAGCCUGAUAUUACGGAUGAGUAAAACAAAAAACAGACAUACAAAGAAGUUCAGCAAAUUAUAAAUUCUCCAAAAUUGAAGGCUAGUAUAUGACAGAACCAGAACUAAAAUUCAGACUUUAUCUAAAAGCAGAAAGAGCCUAUAGGGUGUUCACUACCAUGCUGCCUCCCAAUAGAAGCUAUAGAUAGAAAUGAAGGCAGAUAAACACAGAUGCAACAAAAUUGACUGUAUGGUAAACCAGUAAGUUUAACUACAAUUUGUAUAAUUGAUUUCUUUAUUGUUUACUGUAGUCUGUAUUUGCUAUAACCUGAAUAUAAACUUUUAAAUUGUCUGCUUUUCUAUCCAAUGCAAAUUAUCCCAAAUAAUGGUGAUGAUUACAUAAUAGCCAUAAUUCUUUUAAUGUGAUUUUUUUCUGAUAAAAAUAGAUACAUUUAUAUGACUCAAGCAUAAUGUAUUUCCCAGAGGUUAGAUUUAAAAAUAAAAUAUUUUUUAUGAAUAAGUCAUUCCCAUAUUGGUUAUUGUUUUUCCAGACUCAGAAAGUAAAAAGUACUUAUGAUGAAACAUUAUAUUUAGAAUUUUAAUGAUUAUCUCCAUUUACAACAUUAUCACAAGCUACCAAAGAAAUGGUUAUGAGAUGUAAAUGAUUUGGUUCAUCUGCACAGUAUUAUAUUCAUUUUCAUUAUUUAAUACAACUGGCCCUUACCCUGUUACUCAUUUUUCAAGUUUUCCUGAACUUCUGAAUUGUCAUUCUCCUUUCUGUCCACUUGUCCUAUAGAGACAAAUGCCAUUGCUUUCAUCCUCUCCUAGAUUUUUGAAGUCUUUAGAAUAUUGUUCUCCUUACCUCUACUUCAGAUGAUGCUCUUCCGAAGUACUGCAUCCUUCACAAAGGCACCCAUGCUGCAUCUGGUCUUAUUUAUUUGUUAUCUAUAGUAUUGAUCAUAUUUCUGGAGCCAACAGGGUACACUUAGUCAUGGCCACUCAUCAUCACAAAUAAGGGAACUCCUGUGAUUAUAGGCUUGAGGAUUCCUGGGUAAAGGAGAUGCUUACAUUCUAUAAGAUUAUGUGUUAACAUGAGUCUUCUUUAUGCAUGAUAAAUAUAUCAUUGAAUGUGAUUUUAAAGAAUCUAGAAAAACUCACCUUCUCAUCCUUAGUAAUUACUAUUGAAGUGCCUGGCACCUUUGGGAAACAAAGCUGACAAUCACAGCAUAGCAUGAUUACAUAUCCUUUAGGCUCUUUCCAGGCUGUAACAUUUCCAAUACAGCCCACAAAGCAGAUUCCAUACUGUAAUAGCUCACAAUGCCAAAUGGCAUCAACAUUAUUGAGAUCACUAAAAUUAUGAUCUUGACUUUACUCACCUUUUUUCAAUUUUGAUUUAUACAUAUCCAAGUAAAUGAUCUCAUGUUUGAGAAAUGCACUUAAAAGCUGAAUGGUCCCAUUUUCAGGUGUUAGUUACAAUUUUUGCAUAAUCAAAAUCAUAAAAUUUGUGUGAUACAAUUUAAAAAAUGAAUAAUUUGCUUAGCUCAAAUCAUUUUUUAUAAUUAUGAUUUUCUCCUUUUUGCUUUCAGUUGUUUAUACACUCUAUAUAUUUUAGCUCUUUGCAAGGUUUUAUGAUCUGGUUUCUUUUACUCUUCUUUCCCCUAAUGCUUUUUCUUCAUUUUAUUUCACUGAGAUGCUGUUCAUUAAAGAAUUUCUGUAGUAUCAAGAAUAAUUAUUUUAAAAAUCUUUUAAGAGAAAGUGAAUAUUGCAGAAAUAAUUUUUACUUUAAUGCAGCAUAUGGAAAUUUUUUAGACCAAAUUAGUUCUCCCAUCCCAAUCUGCUGCUGCUAUACCUUCUCUCUUAUUUUUCUUUCCUGGAAUUAUUUUUUGAAGUUCUUUUCCUUGAUUUUUUAUAAUGUUUAAGUCAAUUUCUUUAGCAUUUUUCAUUUAAUUAUGGACUAUUUUAGAAUUUUUGUUUCUUUGGAGGGUUUAGUUACACUUCCCCUAUUUAGGUGAUCUCCAUAUUUUUCAGUGUCCAUAUAUGUUUAUUAAUAAGGUGAGUAAUGCUCAGGUGAUUUCAGUAGGUAAAUUUUCAGUGAUCAUCUAUUCAUUAUCAUUUCUACAUUUUUUUCCUUCAUGUAUCUUUGCUUUUAAAUUCAAAUAUGGAAAAAUAAGCAAGAGAACUCUGGAAACACUGGUAUUCACCAUUCUAUUAAGACAUGUUGGUAAAAAUUCUGUUCAGGUGAACAAAAAAAUGGGAAUAUUUCAUGACUUUCAGAGUAGAAUUUUAAAACAUAUUCUUGCUGUAAGCCUUUUGUUCUGUUUUUUUUUUUUCAUAUGCAUCUAAAAUUUUUUUAAGUUAAGCCCACAUUUAUAUAGCUUGUACGUUGAGGUAGAGUAUAAGUUUCUGAUAUGCUAUUCAAUGAACUUUGUUUUAUACCACCCACUUUGUAUUUCUAACUAAAGUAUGAAUAUUUCUUGAUUUAGUGAGAAAGGGCAUGUGAAGUAAAAUGUUUAUUUUCUUGAAAUUCGAUGUAAUUGUAUAUUGAUUCAUAUAGUAUUUGUUUCUGAUAUUUUUACAUAUCAAAACUAUUUAAUUAAUUAAUUUUAUCUUCCCAACCCUGUAAGUUAAGUUUGUUAAGUAUCAUGUAUUUGCAUAGUAAGUUUAAAGAGGGUAAGGGCAUUAUGUAUACCUAUCCUCUGAGUAAAUGCAGGGUUGGAAGUAGAACCCAGGUCUUUUGACUCCUAAUCCACUUUUUUCUCCAUUGCACUACAUGAACCAUUCUGCUUACAAUGGUGAACUUCAUAAAGGGAAUAACAUAUUUUCUGGAAAUGCAUAUUCCAAACCUACUUAUAUAAAACCUUUUAUACAAAAUGAGUACAGUUCUCCAAAUUGAAUUAUAUAAAAUCAUGUCUGAACCUUAAUUUGGAGAAUGUUUGCCUGUGCUUUAUAACUGUCUCAGAGAUAUUUUCAGAACUAACAACUGGGAUAUACUUCUCAUCUUAUAUGUCCUUGCUAAUUAAAUGGAAUAAGAAAGGUAAAAAAUUCUUAGCUUUCUUAGUUUCCAGAGGAAAAAAUAAUGAGACUAACAUAAUUUCAUACUACAUAUUAAGUACAUGUGCAAUACAUAUUGAGUAGGCAAAUUGUACACAUUAUUGGUAUAGAAAAACAUAUGAAAUACACUUCUAAACCACAUUUAGUAAAGUAUAUUCCAAACUUACUGAUAUUUAUGAGGAAUAUAAUCUGAUUCUACAAAAAUCUGGGAUAGAGUAAAGUCUCAAAAACUCAUUGAAAGUUUACCUUUCUGCUCUAGAAAUUGAAACUGAAUUUUAUGCAGAAUAUGUGCACUUUUUAAAAGUCUUUAGUACUCCUUUCACUAGGAAUGACUUUUUUUAAUGCAUUCAUUUUACAAACUUUUCUGAAUCCUCAAUGCAUACAAGCACUAUGUGUUAGGCUUUAAGUAAGAAUAUUGGGAAUACAAAAUUGGUUUAUAAAAUCACCUGAUUGCCACAGCAGAUAAUUUUGGGUAAAUUGGAGAUAUCAAGUGAGAUGAAUGACUUUGCACAAAAUAUGUUGUUAUAACAGUAUCAAAGUCAUUAAAAAGAUACUUCCCAAUAUUCUGCUCAUAGAAUCCAUGUGUUAAUAUUCCAUUAAUUCCUUUUGUGUGUAUGUUCAUAUUUUAUUUUAGAAGCAGCAUCCAAUUGUUUCCUACAAGUAUAAUGCCAGAGCACAGAUCAUACCAUGCAAGUUUGUUAAGUUAUUAAAUCAUAUGCAAGAAAUUAGUGCCAUUGUAUAACCUUGGAGUUCAGCCCUGCAAUAUUUCUUCAUCUAGGAUCUGAGGAUUAGUUAAAAUUUUUUUUUAAGAUCAGUUGUCUCUCAAAAACUCUUACUUUCUAAGUGAUCAUUUCACUUAAACAACACAGGUUUGUCUGGAAUAGUAAAACUAGAGCUUCUUGUAUCUUAGAGAGGCCACCUACCAUGCAUUCCCAACUUUUAGAUAGAUAAUAAUUCUGGAUUUUUCCCUUUUUAUUUUCUUUCAAAAAAAAAAAAAGUCACUUCUAAAUAAAAGAUUCCUUGUGAAGGGGAAGGUUGAUUGCUAUUAAGAAUUCACCCUAUAAAAGUGUAAAACCAGUCAUCCGAACUUAGCAUUUAUUUGCUUAGUUCAUUGAGGAUAUUUACCCUAAAAAUAUUUCUUACUAAAAAUUUUGAUGAACUAUUGUGUCACAGUAAAAGCUUUCUUAAAUAGGAACCUAAAUGCCAUCUGCAGUCAGUGAUGUUUAGAUUGAGCAAAUGGACAUCCAUAUACUAAGUCUGCAUAUCAUUCUGACUGGUGGGUAGGUCUCGGCAAUUGUAGUGAAUGCAUCAUUUAAAUACAAGCCCCCUUUUUUCUAAUGAUGAUAAAAAUGAGAUAGUACAUUGAUCAGAUAGGAGUCAGAUAUAGAAACUCCUCUAUUGAAGAUGGAAGACAGGGUCUUUCCAAAUAUUUAAAAUCAUUGAUAUUUCAUUUAAGCUUUUUAUUUUAAAGCAUUUUAUUCCAAUCAUUUUAAACCAGUGUCUUCAUUAAAUAUUUCCUAGACUGUAUAAUUCCCCAUUUUUGAGGAAUUUUUGAAACAUUUUUUCACUUGUUUUAUUCCUUCAACAGAUUUUUUUUCUCAUGUCCCAUUAUUAAAUUUGGGCAAAUAUUUAAUAUAAAUGAGAUUUGGGGAUAAAAGUGAUAAAUAAAACUUGUUGCUAAUAAGACAGAUAUAAAAUAUUGCUUGAUAAUAGCUAUAUUUGGCCACCUUUUUAAAAAUUCUUUAGGGAUUGGAUUUGGAAGUUAAUCUGUGGAAUUAUUUUAAAAAUAUAAAUUGUACAUAAGGCUGUAUUUCUGUGAUUUUUAAGUGAAAAAAUCAAAAUAUAGAUUGUUCUACAGCUAUCUUAAUGAUCAUAAUGGAACAAAUGAUCAUACUCACACAUGGUUUUCAACUAGGGCUACCAUGAUAGUUGAAAUAAAGAAAAGGGUAGUUUUGCUUGACACAUAAGACGAUCCAGUCAGGUGUUUUUACAUGACGUAAGGCAUGGCUGUACAUACUUCAUUUUUCAAAAAAUUAAGUAUAAAAUAACUCGAAAUGCCCAUCAAAGUAAAAAAAUAUGUAAGAUAGAAUCCUCUUCUUUUUGCCUUCUUUCAGAUGAAUGUACUUAAAGUGAUUGUGAUUUGUUCUUGAGGAAUAACUUUUAUUUCUGAAAAUUGUAUAUAUAUAUAAUAGUUUUGCACUUGACAAAUAAAAUGUGGGAAAAAGUAACCAAAAAUGAAAGAACUGGAAUUUUCAUACAAAUACAUAUUUUUUGUUUAAUUAAACAUAAUGCAGAUUUGCUGUUGAUCAUUUUAAAAGUAUAUUCAGUUCACUGUGUUCCUAGUUUAUCAUUUUUAAGCAAAAUUGUUUCAGUACUGAAUGAUUUACCAACUGACUUUCAUUUAUACUACAGUGUUAUAUGGAUACAGUGUUUUAGGAAAAUCUCUAUUGCAGUUUCUAAGUUUCACUGCAUAACAGAUUUGAAACCAAAUGUUGAAUUCCUCUGUGAGAAUAUAUGUUUUGCCUGCAGUUUUGAAUAUAUUUCAAAUUCGUCUCUUCCUUACUAGACUGUGAGCUCCUUGUGGACAAGGAUGUUAUCUUAGUUAAUAAUAAAAGCUUUAAUGCCUAGGAAAUUAUUCUAUGCCAGCAAAGAAAAAUUGCCUAAUUAUAUUGAAAUGAAUUGGUGGAUCAAGUUGAUUAAAUUAAUACUACAGUAUUCUAUGAUGCAGGCUGAAUGUACAUUAGAGGAAUUAUUUGGUUAAUUUUCAAAGUAGGAUAUAGAAAAUACCUGUAACAUUUUCUUUAUCUUAAAGAUGCUCUUUUGAAGUUUUCAUUUUUAUUUUGUCAGUCAGAUAUUCUAUGCAAAUACUGAACUAUGCAACAGAGUUUCAUGGCCUAUAUUAAAUUAGUUUUAUUUUCUUUACGAGAUCAUAAAUGCUCUAUGUUGACGUCUGAGAAAUAAAUUUUGACAAUCAUUUUAGUGACCAGAGGUGCUACUUAUAUUUCCUUGAUCAUAAGUGCUACUGUCUGCUGAACUUGAAUUUUUUUUUUUUUUGGGGGGGGGGGGAUGGCAAUAAAAUUAGAAUAUAAUUUUUGUCUGAAUUAUGCAAGUUUGAGCUGUGUAUGUUCCUUUGUACUCCAUUAUUACUAUAUUUUAAUUCGCAUUUCUUAUUGCUUGCUGAUUUUUAAUGCAGGCCUGUGCUAUUUCUUAGAAAUUACAUGCAUAUAUAUUUAUAUAAUAUGUAAGAAAAUACCUGUAUUGUUUAUUAAAUGAAAAUGAAAAAUAAAACUUCAUGUUAAAUUUU